AUGGACAAAGUAAGAGGACAUUUAGAGGCCUCGAAAGUUGUUUGCUUCAGUUGGCGUUUAGGAGAAGUGGUUUACCCUGGAAGGAAAGUACAACGACGUGAUGUACGACGACCUCGCCAGCUCUUCCUUAAUGACAUCGGCUUAGGAUUCCUCAUGCUACCCGGGAGAUGCAUCUUUCAGCUGAAGAGAUAUCUUGAUAUUUUAAAGGGGACCCAAAGAGCGAAGAUCAUAACCUUAAUAGUGCAUGCAGACCCAACUACAGUCUACAAUGCUCCACUCGUCAUCUCAAAUUGUAAGACAAUAUUGCAAGGUGACCUCAUCAAGGUUGAUGCGGAGGCUAGCAUUAGCAAUGUCAAUCCUAAAAUUUGCUCUCGGUCCUUACAUCUGAAGACUGUAUCCAAUCCGACAGAAAGAACCGCCCUGGACGGCCCACUGAUGAUAGACACCUUUUAUCUCCGAUAUCACAAUCACAAAUCAAGUAAACUGGUUUCGACUUUCCUCAAUUUAUUUGAGUUCCUGCGGCUAGGAAACAGAACGGCUGAAUCCAUGGGCCAGAAAUCACAUGGUGGUCAUGGUCAUUGGAUCACUAAAUGGAUUGACCAUAGAUUUCUUCUUAUGGGUAUCUCAAUACACAACUUUGUGACGGGAGCAUCUUUGAUUUUAGUGCCAUCAAAGCCAUUAGGCGUGAUGCACGUCGUAAGGUCCUUGGAGAGUAGAGAAAUCUUCGGUCACUUUCGUUAUUGCCAUAUCCAACAAGUCGGAUUGGGAAAAGGAAGAAAAUGCGUCUUGUAUAGGCUCCGCAAUAGAUUGAGAAUCACUUGCGGGAGAUUAUCUCGAACAGCGGGUUUCACUGUCUUGACGUCUAAGAGGAGAUCGCGGCGUGAAAACAAAAGUCUGCUCAAGGAACUCCAGCAUGGAAUUUCUAGCAAGCAACUGUUGCGACCUCAGUUGUUGAUUGACUUCUUUGCAGACAGAAUGCUGCAGCCUUAG